AUGGGUCUCGACGAAUUUCUCCCUGUGGAGGACCUGGUCAGCCAGAUGGGGGGUGCGCCUCGUACCAGUGGCUGGGAUGUUGUCGUCAGUUAUAAAGUCAAAGAACUCAACGAUCUGCUCUUGAAGGUGUGGAAGAACAAAGACAAUAGUGAACAGCCGGUGGACCCAUUUGUGACCAAAAAAUUUGAAAAGCGUCACCACAAGGACUGUCUGCAUAGCGUCACGACGUGGCAGGUCAAAAUCCAGCCUCCAAUUCUUCAGUUCACUGCUGAUCGGGCAGUUCUAAAAUCCGAUAUUACGGGCACUGUAUCUGUUCAAUACUACUCAGGUAAUGUACCAGGUAAAGAGCAGAAAGAUGGUGAUCCCGAAGUAGAUGAUAUCGGAGCGGGCUGGGUGAUGACAGUAAAAGUCCCGAUGUCUUCAGUGUCGGUGAAUAAUGACCAAAUUCAAAGCCAGCGGUCCCAGGGAGAAAUCCUUGAUUUCUCGUCUGAUCCCACCCACAAAGGGCACAUUGUGUUCGAUUUCGAGCUCUCGGACGACUUCGAGGUCACGUUCGACUAUACAGGACCAGGUGACGAUGACCCCGACGAAGAUCAACCAGACCCCAACAUAGACCAGGUAAAAAGAUGGUUUAAGAAGAACGUUAGGGCAAUUGACUUCUCUUUGGCAGCGGUCACUCAAGAUCAGGAUCCUAAAAUUGCAUAUCUGACGCCGCAACAGAUGGCAUUUCAGUUGUAUCAUCCACCAAAACCGGGUCCUGAUACGGAUCUGUCCAUUGCGUGUCUGAGCGUUUAUAUCAAAACGAAAGAAAGUGGUCCAGGCAAUGGUAUUGGAGAUCAAAUCCCCGAGUUCGCAGGAACCAAGGGAAACAUCCAUCCGAUACCACAGGGUCACAGUUCCAGCAUCAUUAUCAAUAAAGAGAUUAUAUGGGAUCAAUUGCUAUUGCCAAAACUCAAAAAUAUCACCAACAGUCACGGUACUAAGGCUUUCAGGGAAUUCUCUGAUGAGUCAAUGAGAAUACCAACCGGACUUCAGUUGAAGAUGAAGUGGGACAUCACGUACCCCUGGCAGGGGGCCAAAGAUGGCCUCGGUGAUGAUCUUAUCGGUGGCUGGUGGGAUUAUGAUCCUGGCGCACAGGCCGCAGCUAAUGGCUCAAUGAGUGAAGAUAUGAAGGCUCAUCUUCAAAGCUCCGACGGGCCUGUGCUGACGAUCAAAGACACCGGCGAUAUAGUGUUUGAUUCGAACUUUACAGACGUGUCUGUGCGGACAUUUAUGUACAAGGUCUGGAUCAGAUCAGGCGGAGACGUGAUGUACGGCGUCCAAGCGAAUGCGAGCCGAAACAUUUUAGCCGAUGACGAGCAAAUCGAGGCCCAAAUUAGCGUUGGCGAAUCAGACUGGAAGCCGAAUAUUUACGAUGGAAGUGCUCGUGGUGACAUGCGAGACGACCACAUCAAAUGGUUGAAACGAUUUGUCUGGCCAACCUUUGCUAUCUCGGUAAAACUGAACUUCUUUGCGACUACGAAUGUGUUUGCUCCUGGAAAGCAUAUCAUCAAGGUCGACAGGAAUGUCGGCAUUAGAGUUCCCUAUGACUUUUUGCUUGUGGGGGAUUUGGUCGAUCCGACUGACUGA